UCGGUUUUCCGCAGUCUCCCUCCGCAAAUUAACGUAGUUCUCAUGGUUUGUGAUUUAAAAAAUAUGUACUUUUAAUGCAUCGACAAUAACACGGGUGCUGUACAGCAUUUUAGUGUAUCUCCAUAUCGAUGUGUUACUGGAUGUUUAUUGAAAACGGCAGUUUUUAGUUGUAGGGCGUUUGAAAUCGGACACCACUGGUGUUUUUACGAUCCUCGUAAGCCGCGGAGGGAUACUCUUUUGGAACCGACAAUUGUGGAGGCUGUUAACAUGUCUACUCCGAGGAUAAAAUGGUUACAAUUGUCGCAACUAAAAUAAUCGAUUGAGAUAUCACAAGAGUGAUGAAGCUAUUUGGAAACGUUGUCUCAUUUUCCUGACGUGGACUCUAUAACGAACCAAUAAGGGUUUGGGAGAACACGAUAUCGUCGUUCGCUCUUCAUUUACAGUCCGGAGCACAGAGAGGGAAUCUAUCCCCAACUUUGUUUUUCUCUCUACAAGCGUUCUCCCCCCCCCCCCUUGUUGGAUGCUACAUAAUUAAAGAGGUUACUGAAAGUUGCUGAGACUGCGAGGGCCAAAGGAACAGCAGCAGAGAAUGGCUACAGUGGGAACAGACAAGGAGCUCAGCGACCUGCUGGAUUUCAGCGCGAUGUUUGCACCACCGGUGUCAAAUGGGAAGAACAGGCCCACCACUCUCGCCAGCAGCCAGUUUGGAGGCUCCGGUAUAGAUGAGCGGAGCGGUCCUGGCCCCUGGGUAUCAGGAGAACAGAACAGCUCUUCCUUCAACCAGGGACGGGGUUAUGGCGAAGGAGCUCAUUACAACGAGCACGAAGGCCUCGCUUCCACCCCCUUGUUCGGCUCGGGGAUCCUUGGGAAAGCUGAGCGUGGACCCUACUCUUCUUUUGGAGCGCAGCCGGGCUUUAUGCCCAGUGAGAUGCCCAUGCCCAGUCCUGAUGCCCUGUCACCCUCGGGCCUGAAGUCUGGCUCCCAGUUCUACCCCUCCCAAUUCAACCCUCGCAGGAGACCCACCCAGGAGAGCAUGGAUGCCCAGCCAAAAAAGAUCAGGAAAGUUCCCCCUGGCCUGCCCUCUUCGGUGUAUGCAUCAGCCUCAGGAGAGGAAUAUAACAGAGACGGUGCAGGGUAUCCUGCCUCCAAGCCUGGAAAUGUUGGCUACCCUGGCUCCUUCUACAUGCAAGAAGGCCUGCACCCCUCCCCUGACCCGUGGAGUUCUGGCGGGUCGAUGGGGCAGCCGGGUUACUCUACUGCAAUGCUGGGUAACUCCCCCCACCUGGGCCAGCCUACACCCUUCACAGCCAUCAACCCCCAGGACAGACUGAAACGCCAGCCGCUGCCUCUCUCGCCCCAAAACUACCCCCUGCACGGCAGCGAGGUGAACGGGAGCUUCCACUCAGGAUCCACUGGCUACGGAGUCUCCAACCACACGUCCCCCAUCAACGGAACAGACACCAUCAUGGCCAACCGGGGGACAGGAAGCUCAGGAGAUGAGAUCGGCAAAGCCCUAGCAUCUAUUUAUCCCUCAGACCACAACAGCAACACCUUCCCAUCAUCUCCAUCUACACCAGUGGGCUCUCCCCAGGCCAUAGCAGGUUCUGCCUCUCAGUGGCCCCGGGGCUCAGGACAGGCCACACCCUCUCCAAACUUCGAGGGUGGACUGCAGGCUCUGCAAAACAAGAUGGAGGACCGUUUGGAGGAGGCCAUCCACGUGCUCCAGCGUCACGCCGGGGGACAAGGGGGUCCAGGGGGACUAGCUGACAUGCACAGCCUCCUCAGUGCCGGGAUAGGAGGGCUCGCCCAGGCCUUCAACAACGCUGGCCUGGGACUGGCCAACAGACUGCCCAGCCUGAUGUCGAACCACCACGAGGACUCGACUAGUGGGGGUGUGCAUGGUCAUCAUGGCCCUCCCUCUGGCAGCCAGCCUGAAGGCUUCACCAGCCUCUCUCGCUCCACACACUCAUCCAGUGGCUCUGACAUCAAAAGGGAGGACAAGGAGGAUGACGAGAAUUCCUCUGUGGCUGACAAGUCAGAGGAUGAGAAGAAAGACUCGAAGGCCCGCACUCGAACAAGAGAGAUGUUCUCCUUCCAGACCUUCUCCUCCUCCCUAUCAGACACGGGAGCAGACAGCAGCAGCUGCAGCACGGCCUCGCUGAACGAUGAGAACCUGACGGCCGAGGAGAAGGAGAAGCGUGAUCGGGAGCGGCGCUCGGCCAACAACGUCCGGGAGAGGGUGCGCGUGCGUGACAUUAACGAGGCGUUCAGGGAGCUGGGCAAGAUGGUGCAGGUCCACCUGCGCAGCGACAAGGCCCAAACCAAACUCAUCAUCCUGCAGCAGGCCGCGCAGGUCAUAAUGGGUCUGGAGAAGCAGGUCCGAGAGCGUAACCUGAACCCCAAGGCAGCGUGUCUGAAGCGGAGGGAGGAAGAGAAGGUUUCGGGGGUGGACCCCCAGAUGCAGAUGGGAGGUGGGCACCCCGGGUUAGGGGGCGAUGGACACAACUCUGUCAGCCAUAUGUAACACCCGGCUCCUGAUCCUGUUGAUUUGUACAGCUCUUAGAAGACGUGGCCUUAUUCUCUUAUCAUGCAUCUCAGUGUGUGUCAAUCCACAAAGGUGCUCUCUAUAUAUGCUAGCACAUAUAGUGGAGAAGCACAUUCUCACACAAACACACACACGCACAUUCUCACACAAACACGCACACAACUGACAAACGCCAGUGGCCACAUUCCUGACCAUGAACACACAAUACAUACACCAAUACACAGAGUUUUGAAGAAUACUUACAGUAAACACCCUGAACUCCAAGGAGAGACUGGAUCACAGGCAGAGGAAAGUUAAACGCAAUUAUUUUUUUUGCGUAAUGGUCAUGUUUUUGUAAGACAUUUUGAAGAAGUUGCUUUACGUGUUGGGAGCAAAAUUUGUUUGGAUCAAAUAGUAUUUUUGGAUCAAUUGCUCAUGUGAGCAACCUAGGAUUGUGUGUCCUUUUGAUAGUCAUUUGCCAUUCCCACCUGAAAAGUAAGGUCUUACUUUCAUCACAAGAAAAGGUGACAUCAGAAUCUAACCUGUAUGAGUAACUAUGUGCCUGAUGUACAUGCAUAACGCCAAGGCUUGGGCAAGUUACAAUCGUUGUCGUCAUCCCCACCAUCAUUUUUACUUUUUUUCCUCAAUGUCAAACACAGAAGUAGAGUUUGAGGUAUCCAGCCACCAGAAUUGAGAAGACUGGACUGUCAUAGUGACGAAUGGACACUUACUGAAUUGGCAGGCAGAGUGCUGUUAUAUAGCACAAUGAUAAAAAAGAAACCCUAGCCAACUUUGGCCAUAUUUCUUUAUGCCUUCUCGUAAGGGCUGCCCAGACACAGGCCCGUCUGAAGAUUUAUUAUGGUGUGUAUUUUUUUUGAUCCCGGGAUCCUACAAUCCUUCCAUUUUGUCUUCAUCUGUUUGUCGUCACUGCCAUGAGUGGAGUUGAAGGACUGCCAGUGAGGAAGGUGAGCUCAUCAAUACAUACCGAGACCCAGGACAGGUCAUGACUCGCUACUAGCUGAAAACCACUCCCCGUUCACCUACUAUUCCACAGGAUCACACUGGCAUGGUCAUCUCAAGACUUCCUCACUCUGUCUUGGGGAGAUUGGACUGAAACAUGCAGGAUGUGUGUGUGCUCUGAACCAGAGCAAGCCUCUCCCACUCCACCGUACCCGUCUUUGCCCCUCUGGUUCUGUUUCCAUUUCAGCCAGUCCAUGUGGACACGUGGUCAGUAUACUCUGCCCCAAACUCAGUCAACCACCUGCCUUCAUUGCCUUCUCUUCACGUUUGUGGCGCAAGUGUCGUCAGUUGGCAAGGCAAACCUAGAUGUCCAGGUCAUGCGUACUUAAAAGACUAGGUUUUCAGUAGACUACAGUUAGUUUGAAGAGGAGAGGCUAUAGGUACACACUUGGUGCCCAAAUUGAUGGCGUAUGUCGCGCAGAGUCAAGUGGAGCUGAACAGAUUCCGCUCAGUCAGUCGAGCUGAAGAGUUCUUCCCAACUGGCUAGUUUAUGCUCGUGGCUAGAAAAUUCAGCAAGAAUUUAAAACUUGUCUGCCGAAGUUGGGACUUGGAAGUGUUCAGAAUCGUUCAGUUUUAAUCAGAGUAAUUGUUCAUCCAGGUGGUUACUACCAGUAGUACAAGUUAUUUCUCAUGUAGGCUGCUAUCCUACUCAAAUUAAAAUCAAGUGGGGUGGAACGAAUUGGCCCCUUUUAACUACCUCUGGGGAUAUGUUCUACUGCUGCCCAGUGGCAAGCAAGUCACGCCGACAAGCACCACGCCAUUCGCACCGUUUUGUCGUUGCUCGACCAUAGAAAUAAACAUUACUUUCUUUUACAAGUUUUUAUUUUUUUAACUAUCGCCAUGCUGCUGUUUUAGCCAGCAUAAACUAGCUAGCUGUGAAGGACUCAUCUGGACGACAGACUGCGCCGAAGCCAUUCGUCUCCACUCGACCCUCGGCUGCAUCAUUCAUUUUGGCACCAUGCGUAUCCGUAUAGCCUCUCCCAUACAGAAGGAAUGGCUGUUGGACUUCAAGAGGGUUUAUUUUGUGGUGUGCAUUCUGAAAUGUCAUGGAUAUCUUCCCUUGAAUGCAUUCAACUGCCAUCGAUGGACAAUUUGUGUUCCUUAAAUUACAGGAAGCGUUGGGUGUUUUGAACAAUUUACGAAGCCUGUUUGUAAGGAUCCUUUUUGUAGAAGUGAUUUGUUUUUUGUUUGUUUUUUACUUUGUAAGAUAGCUGUAUGGGUUUUCUUUUGGAUUGCUUACUUUCUUUUCAUAAACAUUGUUGAAAUGUAAGGACGACUCAUUUUAAAGAUACCAGGAACAAACUUUAAGUGUCUCUCUUCCCUCCCAAACGAAGUGAUCUCUUUUUUUUCUUCUUCUUCUUUGGGAAAAGCAUGACGUGCCAGUUUCUUUGGUGUAAAAGUAGUUCAUGCCAACUCCUAAUCUGGCUAGAACAUCCCCAAACUUUUGAAAGUACCUGUAAUUUGGAGAAUGUCUGUUUAAAAAAAAAAAUGCAAAAAGUCUGUAUAUGUAAUUUAAACCAGUUAUUACUACUUACUCACUAUCAAAGGAAAAUGGAAAUGUCUGAGUAUAGAGUACCAUAGUAUGAGUCAUAAUACCCAUAAAACCGAGCGGUCAAAGAGAGAGAUGUUUCCAAUUGUUUUUCCACCAUUCAUUUUUCCCGUCAGGGAUCUUAGACACACUUAAAAUAAGGGCUGUGUUUCAUGUAGGUUUACCCUGGGUGAUGUUUUGAAAACCGAGUAAAUCUUUUAAGGACAAGGUGAUUUUUAUUUUAUUUUUUUAACAAUGUAUUCGCUUGAAUUAAAAAAUGCAUUGGGGGUGGGAUCAUAAACAAAUACCAAUGCCAUGAUGAUCUGGACAAGACUGCCGAAUCAAGGCAGUAAUCUUUGGAUUAACAAUCUCUUAGCUAAUUGCUGUAAUUCAUAAAUUGGCUAAAUUUCUUUCAAUUUACAAUUCCGGGAGCUGUCUUGUGCAAGUUAUAAAUUGGCACAUUUUCUCAAGGUGCUCGCUUGAGAUGGUUUGCAGGGAUUUGUAGUUUUGCAUGGUCUAAUUUGAUAGUAAUUUGCAUUUUUGAAUCUGAGUAAAUGGAGCCGACUAUAUUGAUAAAAGUCCCCUUGUCUGAGAGAGAUUUACAUGGUUGUCAAAACGUCAGGCCAGGGUAAGCCUACAUGAAACACAGCAGCCCUUUUAAGUGUUUCCAAAAAUCCCCUGAGUGAAAAAUUAAUGGUGGAAAAACAAUUGGAACCAUUUCCCUGUUUGAUUGCUAGGUUUUAUGCGUAUUAUGACUCCUACUGUGGGGCUCUAUUGGCAAGCAUUGUCACACAAACAUUUAGUACAAACAAUUGAAAAAGGAACAAAGUUGUAUGUGUUUCAUACAAGUUAGAUUUUAUAUCAAUACCUUUUGGCUUGCUAGGUCUACAGUUGCUGUAUUGUCAAUGUCUGUUGGUCCUAGUUAAACAUUUCAAAACAAACAGAAAAAGAUGUAUGAGGAAUUAAUGAAUAGGGCAACCUUAGUCAUUCUCCUGAUUUUGGGAUCAUUGUUAGUGGUUACUCACCAGUGCCUGAACACUGUUGAAUUGUGAUUGUCUCUGCAUGAAUGGCUUUCCAAGAGAACCUUUAACAGAUAAACAUGGGAGGGACAUGUUGACAUGGGAGGGAAGAGUGGGGCAAUGCUUCAGUAAAUCUCUAUGAAUAUUGUUCUUAUUAGCGCCCAAAGUAAAAUAAACUAAAGUUUUUUUAGUUUUUUUUUUACAUCUUUUCUCUGUCAGUUAGUGAUGGCAUCUCAGAUUUUGGCAAACAACUGAGUCCGCUUUGAUUUACUGAGCCCUAUUAUAAGUUUCUAUAAUAGAAGUGUCCCCAGACCUUUUAUCUUCUGUACAAACCAUUGGCGAUUUGGAAACAAUACUCAUGUGGAAUAGAGUAUGAUGUCCUUCUUUUUUAUUUGCAACAGUCGUCUGAACUUUAUUUUCUACUGAAUUAGGACAGAGAUUCAUUUUUUGUUACCAUAUCAAACAUCUGAAAUUGACAUGUCCUGUAUAUAGGACUUGACCAGUUUUUUUUGUUUUACUUAUUAACUAAACAGUAUUUUCCCGUGCAGAGUGAUACUGAAUUAUAACAGUAUUUGUCUUGAUUUUGUCAGUUUCUUUCAUAAUAACCAUCCUCCAGAUGAAACCCUAAGCAUUAGUAUCAGUAAUGUAUUGUUUCCACCUCAACUGCCAUUGGUUUGUCUGUUUCACAGAGGACAUGUAUUGUCUUUUGAUUUAUAACUCGAAUGAGAUUUGAAAACUCAACAUCGCUGACAUGUGUUCCUUUUUCGUUAAUAUUAACUGAAUGUUGAGUACAGUAUCCUUAGAACUUCCCUUGUCAAAAUGCACAACUAGUAUUUUGCCAAGGGGCCUCUCAUGGUCUGCCAAUCUCUGCCCUGUUUAACAGAUGGACACACUGCUACAAAACUCACUGUCUCUCUUACAUUGGGGACAGAAUCCAUUUGUCCUCAAAGUGCCUCCAGUUUCCUAUUUUUUAUAUAUAAAGUAGAUAUUGAGAACUGUCGUGUAUAUAACAGUAAUGUAGCAAUAAAUGUGCCAUUUUUAAUAAGAGAAAUAUACAUUUUUUUCAAUGUCUGUCUUUUUGAGCUUGUAUACCUAAAUAAGAAAAAAAACAUUAAUAAAGGGUUGAAAACAUA